GGUGUGUUAUGCAAACCUUUGUCUGUCGUAACCCCUCCUUGCUGAAAGUUUAUAAAUCCAACCAGAAUCUUACACAGAAAUGUAGUUGUGGAAUAUGAUUCAUUUUUGUAUGUGUGUGAGAGUGUGAGACUGUUGCUGAUCGGUUUUUUGCUUACACCUUCGGUUUCGUUUAAAGUGCAUUUUUUGAAGAACAGGCUACCAAGAUGACUACCAAAAGUCUGCUAACACCAAGGUUCUUCCGGAUCCUGAAACGACAUUACUCGACUGAUCGUCCAUACUCAACAUCCUUAAGUGUCGUUGACAUCGCUGCCAGCGAGGAUGUCUUCCAGUAUAAUAAGGAGAAAGCUGGAGCUGUUGCAAAAGAUUACUCGGAAAUUCCAGGACCAAAGGAGCUGCCAAUUAUUGGGAAUGCUUGGAGGUUUGCUCCUAUCAUAGGUCAUUUCAAAAUCCAUGAGCUCGACAAGGUGAUGAUCUCCCUUUAUCACCAAUAUGGAAAAAUAGUCAAAGUAGGAGGACUGAUAGGGCAUCCAGACUUAUUAUUCGUAUUUGAUGGUGACGACAUCAAGAGAGUCUUCAAAAUGGAGGAGACCAUGCCACAUAGACCAUCGAUGCCCUCCCUGCACUAUUACAAGCAACAUUUGCAAAAAGACUUCUUUCACGGGAACGAAGGAGUUAUUGGAGUGCACGGUCCAAAAUGGGAUUCGUUCAGAAAACAAGUGCAGCACAUUUUACUAUCACCAGCGACUGCAAAAAAGUACAUAGAGCCACUGGACCUUAUAGCCACGGAUUUUUUGAAUCGGAUGGAAGAUAUGUUGGAUGAAAAUCGAGAACUUCCAGGGAACUUCCUUCAUGAAAUCUACAAAUGGGCAUUGGAAUCCGUUGCUCGAGUAUCUUUGAACACAAGGCUGGGCUGCUUGGAACCAUCGGAAAAAAAUUCAGAGGCUCAGAGGAUUAUUGAAUCAAUUAACACGUUCUUCUGGAAUGUAGCUGAAGUCGAACUGAAAAUGCCGGUGUGGAGAGUAUACAAGACCAAGGCUUUUAGGAAAUACAUUGGAGCUUUAGAAGAUUUCAGAACGUUGUGCCUGAAGUACAUUCAACACUGUAUGUACCAAAUGAGGGACAAAAAUUACGACAAUGUCAAGGAAGAAAAUAUAUCCAUCGUAGAAAGGAUAUUAAUGAAAACUCAAAAUCCCAAAGUAGCCGCAGUAUUAGCACUAGAUCUCUUUCUCGUUGGAGUAGAUACGACUUCGAUAGCUGUAGCCUCAACAAUAUAUCAACUAUCUCAAAACCCGGAUAAACAGCAAAAACUGUUUGAAGAAUUGAAGGAAGCCUUACCAAACCAAAACUCUAAAGUCACAACAGAAGCACAAGAAAAAAUGACGUAUCUUAAAGCUUGUAUUAAAGAAACAUUGAGGAUGUAUCCAGUGAUAAUCGGAAAUGGAAGGAGUUUACAGUCAGACACGAUUAUCGGAGGAUACAUGGUUCCUAAAGGAACGCACGUGAUCUUCCCCCACUUGCUAGUAAGCAACAGUGAACAGUACUUCGAGGAACCCGAAAAAUUCGUACCUGAAAGGUGGCUGAAGAGCGAUGUUUCCAUUUCUGGGUGUCCUCAUCAGAAAAAGAUUCACCCUUUCGUAUCUCUACCUUUCGGAUAUGGCAGAAGAUCCUGUCUUGGUAGGAGAUUUGCAGAAGUUGAAAUGAACACACUCUUAUCCAAGAUUUUUAGAAAAUAUAAAAUUGACUACAACUAUGGUACACUGACGUACAAAGUGUCUCCGACGUAUGUUCCUGAACAGCCACUUAAAUUCAAACUUACAAGAAGGGAUGUAUAAAAAUCAGUAUUCUUCGUAGUAAUAAGUAUAUAAAUGAUAAUAUCAAUGCAAUGUAUUGUAAAUAAACAAUUUGGGCUAUA